CGUUUGUAGAUAUCAACAUGUAUUGAUUGGUGUUGUCUAAUUAUUCGAUUAAAUUACUACCUCAUUCAUUACUUAAUAAUCGUUAAAUUUAAAAAGACGGUUGGCGUGGCGGCCGCUGUUUACUUAUAAUUGUUAAUAAACCAGUUAAGUAAGCUAUAGCUAUGCAUUCACUAUAUAAACAGAUAUUCGCUUCGCUGGGCCCAAUCGCAGUGUCUUUUUCUAACGGAUUUGUAAUUGGUCUACAAUCAGUUAUCAUCCCAAAUAUAAGAGAGAGUUCUAUCAAACUUACUUUGCAACAGGAAUCUUGGCUGCCUGCAAUCAUGAUUCUGAUGUUGUUCCCAUCUCAAUUCAUAUCGGGAUUACUGACUAGUAAGUUUGGAAGAAAGUACGUGAUACUUGCAUCUCAGAUUCCGAGCGUGUUUGCAUUCGUGCUCCUGUAUUUGUCUCAAGAGUUUUGGCAUUUUUUCAUUGCAUUUCUUUUGUCUGGCCUCGUCGGUGGUGGCCUAGGAAUAGGUCCGAUGUUUUUAGCCGAAAUAUGUUCACCAAAGUAUAGAGGUGUAUUUAUGAAUCUAAAAAUUGGAUUUUUUGCUAUCGGCAUAGCACUGGUUCAUAUUUUAAGCAAUUUCUUUCACUGGAGAUCACUAAUAAUGUACGGUUUAAUAUCCAGCUUAUUAGGUAUUAUAUCUACAGCAUAUUGUCCUGAUAGUCCAUCUUGGUUUGCCUCAAAAGGACGAUUCGAUGAAUGUAAAAAAACAUUCCAUUGGUUCCGAGGUGAUAGCGAAAAUAAAGAAUUAAAACAACUUAUUGAAUGUCAAUCUAAAGAUUUAAAGAGGAAACAACUUAUUUCAAUGGAAAAUAAGUUAACAGUAUGCAAACAUCUCCGUGAGAGAAGUUUUUUACUGGCAGUUUCUUUGAAUUUAUCAUGUGUACUGAUAGUAGAGGCAUGUGGUAAACAACAGUUCAUGAUGUAUGUUUUUGAUAUAUUUAGUUCUAUAUUUUCAGACAAAAAUAAUUUUUACUAUUAUGCUUUCGGACUUGACUUGUGUGACAUAAUAGGUGGCUUUACAUCUUGCUUUGUUAUUCAUAAAUUUAAUCGCAGAUCAAUGUUAUUGGGUUCUGGAAUUCCAGCUAAUAUUUUACUAUAUUUUAUAUGUGCAUUAUCAUUUUGCUUUUCCCAAGAUUUUAUCAGUGAUAAAUAUUCUUGGGUAAUGAUUUGUCUUUUUGCUGUUUAUUUUUUUAUUUUAUCCUGUGGGGCUUUACCGACGUGUUUUAUUAUAAUGGGAGAAGUGUACCCUUUAGAAUAUAGAGGGGUAGGUGUUUCUAUAUCUAGUAUUAUUUUUGUCGGGACCAUGUUUAUAGUGACUAAAAUAUCGCCGUUUAUGCUUAAAUAUUGUGGAGUUUCGGGGACGUUCCUUAUAAAUGCGGUGAUUUCUUCACUGGUGUUAAUUCAUAUUUAUUAUUAUUUACCUGAAACUAAUCGAAAAACAUUGCAGGAUAUAGAAAAUGAAUUAAAAAAUAAUAAUAAUGAGAUUAAUGAGGAUGUUGAAGAAAAUAUUAUGUUAGGUAAUACUUUUGUUUCCUCUUAAACUUUAAAACUCUGUAUGUAAACAUUCAUCCAUAAAAAAAUAUAUAAUCAUAUAGUACAUAGUUACGUAGGUAGGUAGCUACUUGCUAGUGUUUUUAUAAGUUACAGAUCAUCAGUCAGCCAAAAGUUGUGAUGACUACGAUAUGUCCGCCUUUGUACACCAAAUGAGUUCUUCUGUAGCCACUUUUUAUAACAACCAUGUUUUAUAUUAUAAUUAUAAAAGACCUAUUA